AUGUCGGAAUACAUUGGUUCACGCAUUUCCCUCAUCUCCAAGUCGGACAUCCGAUAUGUCGGCACGCUCAAGGCGAUUGACAGCGACUCGGCGACCGUCUCGCUGGAACAUGUGCAAUGCAUGGGCAGUGAAGGUCGCAAGGAAGACCCCAGCCAAGAGGUCGCUGCCAACGACCUGAUCUACGAUGGCAUCGUCUUCCGCGGCAGCGACGUCAAAGAUCUCAGCAUUCUCGCGGCUCCCGCACAGAGUCAAGUGCUCAAUGACCCAGCCAUUGUCCAGCAACAACAACAGGCACAGCCACAGCCGCAGCAACAACAACAGCAGCAACCACCUCAGCAACAACAAAACCACCAGCCUGGUGAUCACCAGUUCCGCGGCGGUCCCGGUCCUUAUCCUCCUCACUACCAACAACAGCAUCCGCACCACCCACCUCACCCACAGCAACAAUUUGGCUAUCAGGGAGGCCCACCUCCUAAUCAAUUCCAGCCUCCGCCGCCCCCAAGAUUUGGAGGACCAGGUGGUGCUCAUGGCUUUCCAGGAACCCCGGGCGCUGUCCCAGGCUAUGGCGGACCUCCGCCAGGUUAUGGCAUGGACAUGAGAUAUGGAGGUCCACCCGGACAAAACUUCCCUGGCCCGUUCCCUCCCCAGCAGAUGCCUAUUGGACCUCCAGGGCCUCAUGGUCAUCAGCAACGGCAAUCGCAACAGGGACAGGGGCCGAUCAUGGGUAGCAAUGGGCCCACACCUCAACCAACCAUCACUCAAGCACCACAACCUCCUCAACAGAAACCUGCCGAAAUGUCCGCGACGCCCGCCGCCUCUGCUAGCAUCCCGCCCCCGCCCCCGCCGAUAGAAUCAAAACCUUCCACCGAGACAGCUACCGCCCCACCAGCUGCGUCGCAACCACGAGCACACAGUGGCAAGCCUACCCAAGCGAAAACAAACAGCCGAGUUGCCGUGCCAUUGGCAAAUCCUGGAGCUGCCAAGCGUCCCCAGAAGGCUACUGCACCUGCGCCUGCGCAGACACAAGCACCUGCGAACGCCGCUGUACAGCCUGCACAGACAUCAUCGACUGAAGCCGCGACUGCCGCAGUUGCGGCCGCAAUGGCCAAGCUUGCAAAUCUCAACACAAAUGGCGAAGGAGUGGACAACAUCACACACAAGGUCAAUCAAUUGAGAGUGCAAGAUGGAGCCAACCGAGGUCGUGGAGGACGUGGCCGAGGCGCACCACGUGGCGGCAGACGUGAUGGUCCCACCAAGGCUGUGGAACUCCCGAAAGAAGACUUCGAUUUCGAGAGCAGCAAUGCCAAAUUCAAUAAGCAGGACUUGUUGAAAGAGGCCAUCGCUUCUGGCAGUCCUAUCUCGAGCCCUCCCCCUGGCACCACGCCCGACCCACUCGCAUCGGCGACCAACGGAAACGAUACUGAACACGCCGACGUGGUGAUCCCAGCCAAGCCAGCCGCUGAGAAAGGCUACGACAAGAAAUCAUCGUUCUUUGACAAUAUCAGCAGUGAUCUCAAGGAUCGCACAGAACAGAUGCGUGGCCAUGAGCAAAUCGACGGUCGGAUGAUGCGCCGGGAAGAACGCACAAAGAACGUCGAGACAUUCGGUCAAGGCAGCGUCGACGGCGGCUUCCGCGGGCGCGGCCGAGGUCGAGGUGGACGUGGAGGUUUCGCACGCGGCGGAGGACGAGGCUACCAGGGUGGCCGGGGCGGACCCGGUGCUGGGUAUGAAAACCGCUCCAGCUUUCGAGGCGGCCAUGAGACAGCACCAGCGUAG